GUGCGCGGCGGACAUUUUCUUUUCCGUCCCGUUGUAACUUGAGGAGUCCUUGUUGAAUUUCCCUGGGUCCUACCCCGUCCUGUCCCUCUCCGUGUGCGUCUGCUACGGCAGCGACAGCAGCAGUAGCAGCGCUGGCGGCUCGCUGGCUGCUUUCUUCAUGUUGUGGUCGGGAAUACGCAUGCGCCCGGCAUUGGAAUUACUGCACUGGCAAGAAUAAGUUGGACCUCGCGUGUCUUCAGUAAAAAGAAAUAAGACACUAAAAGCUAAGUAUGGCGCUUUUGAGACUACGGAGGAUGAGGUGUUUUGUCGUGUGGUCCUUCGCCUUCGUUGUAGCUGCCGUGUGCGCGCAAAGUCCUGGAGGUGUCCACGAUCCAAGCAAUAUGACUCUGGUAAAAGAAACAGUGGAUAGACUACUGAAAGGCUACGAUAUACGAUUGAGACCCGAUUUCGGAGGUGCCCCCGUUGGUGUAGGCAUGAAUAUAGACAUAGCCAGCAUAGACAUGGUAUCUGAAGUCAACAUGGACUACACGUUGACCAUGUACUUCCAGCAGGCGUGGCGGGACAAGAGGCUGUCCUACUCCGAGAUCCCCCUGAACCUGACUCUGGAUAACCGGGUGGCGGAUCAGCUGUGGGUCCCGGACACGUACUUCCUCAACGACAAGAAGUCCUUUGUGCACGGAGUGACGGUGAAGAACAGGAUGAUCCGACUGCAUCCGGACGGGACCGUGCUCUACGGGCUCAGAAUCACGACCACUGCCGCCUGCAUGAUGGACCUCAGGAGGUACCCGCUGGACGAGCAGAACUGCACACUGGAGAUCGAAAGCUAUGGAUACACCACAGACGACAUCGAGUUUUACUGGAGGGGAGGACACAACGCGGUGACCGGAGUGGACCGAAUCGAGCUGCCCCAGUUCUCCAUCGUGGACCACAAACUCAUCGCAAAGAAGGUGGUUUUCUCUACAGGAGCUUACCCACGCCUGUCCCUGAGUUUCAAACUGAAGAGGAACAUCGGUUACUUCAUCCUGCAGACGUACAUGCCCUCCAUCCUGAUCACCAUCCUGUCCUGGGUCUCCUUCUGGAUCAAUUACGACGCUUCAGCUGCCAGAGUGGCCUUGGGUAUCACCACUGUGCUGACCAUGACCACCAUUAACACCCAUCUGAGAGAAACACUGCCCAAAAUCCCCUACGUGAAGGCCAUUGACAUGUACCUGAUGGGCUGCUUCGUCUUCGUCUUCCUCGCACUGCUCGAGUACGCCUUUGUCAACUACAUCUUCUUUGGACGCGGGCCGCAGAGGCAGAAGAAAGCCGCCGAACGGUCCUCUCUCGCCAACAACGAGAAGCUGAGGAUGGAUCCUAACAAGUGGCUUGUGGGAAACGUAGUUGGCAGAGAUGACACGCUGUAUGCCCGGAUGAAGCAGAGGGACCUGGAUGGACAUGACUCCAUGUGGGAGCCUAUUUUUAUGGACGACGCGGCCAUCGGAUUGGAUCAGAAGAACAGGAUGGACCCUCACGAGAACAUCCUCCUGAGCACGCUGGACCUGAAGAACGACAUGGGAAUCUCGGAGCUCGCCCUGGGCUUGAACGACCCGCGGAACACCAUGCUCACCUACGACAGCUCCACCCUGCAGUACCGCAAGGCCGGCCUCGCGCGCCACAACUUCGGCCGCAACGCGCUGGAGAGACACAUGACCAAAAAGAGCAGGCUACGGAGGCGCGCGUCCCAGCUCAAAAUCACCAUCCCCGACUUGACUGACGUAAACUCUAUUGACAAGUGGUCGCGGAUGAUCUUCCCAACCAUGUUCUCUUUCUUCAACAUCGUUUACUGGCUUUACUACGUCAACUAAACAGGGACAUUUAUAUAGGAAAAUAGAAAAAAAAAAGUGUAUUUCUCAUUUCUUUUGGUUUCAUUUUGGAAUAUUCAGGAUUUUACGUAUUUUCCAGAUACUCAAAAGACGAGAUUACCAACAUUUAAGGUGCCUGUACCUGGUUAGUUCUGAUUUAGCGUUGUUUUUUUUUGUGUGUGACUUGCGUAGUAACUUAUUUUUUUAUAUCGUUUUUGUUUUUAAUUGCAUUUUCAGGAUAUGAGUUGUUGCCAAAAUACCAGUUAGGUGCAAGUUUACAUGGAGUAAAGCGAUGGGUGAUAUUCGAGUACUGUGACCGAAGCUAAUAUUAAAAAGAAAAAAAAGUAACUGUCAGGUUUUCCUAUUUCUGGAGCAAAAAAAGUCUACUGCCCUACACUUGACUAUUUACAUAACUUUGACUGUGUGAGAGAAACAUCCUCUACUUUAAGAAAAAAAGAAAAAAAGAAAAGCCAACUAUUAUAUUUAUCGUUUUUACU